UAAAUUCUACACACAACAUUCCCACUCUUCUCACCCAUGCUUAAACCAUGUCCAACCCUCUCCCGCCACCACCACCUCCGUCCUUACCUUCAACCUCCCACCACCACCACCACCAACCACCGUACAUCACCACACCAACCACCUCCACCAACCGUGAAUACCGCAAAGGGAACUGGACAAUCCAAGAAACUCUAACUCUCAUCACCGCCAAAAGAAUCGACGACGAACGCCGUGCCAGACCUUCCACGAGCCCACCGUCGAAACCAGGCGAGUUAAGGUGGAAAUGGAUCGAGAACUACUGCUGGGAUCACGGCUGCUUCCGUAGCCAAAACCAAUGCAACGACAAAUGGGAUAACCUCCUCCGCGACUACAAAAAGGUUCGACAGUACCAAUCAUCGUCGUCUUCCCAACAAUCCCCGUCUUACUGGUCCAUGGACAGGCACCAACGUAAGCUCCAUAACUUGCCCACCACCAUGUCCCCUGAAGUCUUCGAAGCACUCAACGAUGUUCUUCAAAGAAAAUACACCACCCAUCAGCAACAGCCACCUUCGGUUUCUCAAUCACCGGAGCAACUAGCUGGUAAGACAGACCGGCAGGCGCCGGAGAUUGAAGCUCCGGUUACAAUUUCAGAAGAGACUGAUUCCUCGGAGACAGAGUCAAGUGAAAAUCUGGAUUCGGAGACGAAACGUAAAAAAGUUCGAAAAAUCGGUUCGAGCAUAAUGCGGAGUGCCUCCGUCUUAGCUCGAACCCUUAAAAGCUGCGAAGAGAAUAAAGAGAAACGACACCAACAAGUGAUGGAAUUGGAACACCGUCGACUACGGAUCGAAGAAACUCAGAACGAAGUCAACCACAAAGGGAUGACGGAUCUUGUCGCCGCUACGACCAACUUAUCCGGAGCUAUUCAAUCCCUCAUCGCCAACCAUUGCGAUAAAUCGUGA